AUGGUUCUGGACCUAGUCUCUCACAAUGAGGAAGAGGGGAAGAUUGAAUUUCAUUUGGACUCACUUGCAGCUCUUCUUGAGCCUCACAAAGAAAAACUGAUUUCUGUUAUCUCGAUCUCCGGAGCUUUUCGAACAGGAAAGUCCUUCCUGCAGAACUGGGUUCUAAAAUAUCUCAACUGUGGCAGCAAGGAGUCAUUCUCGGAAUUCCUGCAAAACGAAGACAAUGCUGAAGAGUCACUGGCAGGCUUCAAGUCAAUCCGAACUCGGGAUCCAGUCACAGAUGGGAUUGACAUUUUCGACGAGAUUUUCGAAUUCGAGCACGCAGUUCACGGCCCAGUUGUCGUUGUUGUUCUCGACACGCAGGGAAUCUUUUCGAUGAACUCGGACUAUGCCGAAUCGGUGGCAAUUUUUGCUAUCUCGCUUCUCCUCUCGUCAAUGCAGCUAUACAAUAUCAGAGGAAAUAUGACAAGAAAUGACCUUGAGCAUCUUCGCCUAUUUGCUUCCUUUGGAAAGAUGAUCAUCGAUAUGAAUCCUAAUGCCGAGCUCACGCCUUUCCAGCAGCUCGCUUUUGUCAUUCGUGACUGGGAUCUAGAUGAUGAGCUCGGACUCGAAGCUGGUACAAGUAUUCUUAUGCAAACAAUGGAAGAUUGCAGCGAUUCCGAAGAAGGGAGUGAACUUGUACAAAGCAUCAAAAAUUCCUUCAAAAAGCUUAUUUGUUCGACGAUGCGACACCCUGGAAGUUGCCUGCGGGACGAAGAUUUUGAGGGCCAAUUUGGUCGACUUGAUGAAGAAUUUAGAACGACCCUUGAAGAACUGAUCCCUUACGUUUGCAACGACUCCACAGACGACCAGUCUGUAUGUCCAGUAAUCAAGACGGAUCCGCUCGGAAACAACAUGAAUUGUGAGGAUUUCAUCGACCAAGUGGAAAUGCUGAAAGAAGUGUUUGAGAGUGGACAAAUCGAAAGUCCUGAAUCGCUUUACUCUGCAUACUCUAAAGUCAGCCACGGAAAAGCAACCAAACGGGCUGCAAAUUACUGGAACUCAAAGAUCGAGAAUAUUCUUCCCGAUAUGCCCGAGAGCCGACGAGAUACACCGAGAAAAUAUGACUUCCUUGAGACGGACGAGUUCGACGAUAAGGUGAAAAAGUACCAAAAAGAAGCGUGGAACAUCUACGACUCUGCACCAAAACUUGAAGCUAGCGAAAUGGAAGAAGAACUCCGAAAAGGACUCGAGCAAAGAAUGGAAGAAGAUAUCGAAAACCAGCGUUCUGAGAACCUCAAUCGAGAGGCAUUAUACGACAAAACUUGGCAAGCUCGUUGCGCCUGCCUUGUUGCUACCUGUGCCUGUUGUACAGCCUGCGCAUGCAAAUAA